AUGAGCAUUCAAAAUCAACAACUUUAAAGACUAAUCAACAACACAUAUAUCACUAAGAAGAGAGUUUCAGCUGGAUCAUUUGGAGUAGUUUAUUGUGGAUAGGAUAUUAAUACAAGAGCAAUUGUUGCAAUUAAGAUCGACAAAGGCAACAAAGAAGAUACAAGUUUAGAAAGAGAGGCAGAAAUUUUAAAAAGAUUAUAAUAAACACCUUAAAUACCAAAAUUACAUUGGGCAGGAAAAGAUGGAGAUUCAAAUGUUUUAGUUAUUUAAUAUUUGGGCAGAGACCUAACACAUUUUAUGAAAACUUUUCGAAAAUUUUCUCUAAAAUGUGUGCUAAUUAUUGCUGACCAAAUGAUUAACAUCAUUGAGAGCAUACACAAAAAUAAAGUGCUACAUAGAGACAUUAAACCAGAAAAUGUACUUGUUGGCAAAGAAGAUGAAGAGAAUCUGCUUUAUAUAGUAGAUUUUGGUAUAAGCAAGUUUUAUAAGGAUGAAAAUGAUUCGCAUAUAUCAUUUCGAGAGAAUUAACCAUUUAUUGGAACUACCCGAUAUGCAAGUAUCAAUGCACAUAAAGGAUUUUCAUUAAGUCGAAGAGACGAUUUGGAAUCAUUAGGUUACAUGCUUAUAUUUUUAUUAAAAGGAUAACUGCCUUGGUAAAACUUGUAAUUUAUUGAUGAAGAAGACAAAAUGAGAUAAGUUGGUCAAAUGAAAAUGAAAAUUGACAUAAAUGAGUUAUGCAAAGGAAUUCCAAUUGAAUUUGGAAGAUUUUUAGAUUAUACAAAGGGUUUGCCCUUUAAAGCAGAACCUAAUUAUAAAUAUUGUCAAUCCUUAUUUAAGAAAAUAUCAUAAGAACACAAUUACUAAUAAAAAGAUCUUAUUUUUGAUUGGGAUUUAGGGCCAAAAUCAGAAAGAAUAGAUGAUAAGAAAAAGUAUUCAAUUGAAGGCCAUAUGCCAAGUAGUUCGAAUAAUAGUAAUUUAAUUAAUAACAAAAUAUCAUUAUUUAAAAAAUCAAAAGAUGAAAUUUCUUCAAAUAAUAUUGGAGGGUCUUUAUUAAAUUAUUCGCAAGAGCAACUAGAAAUGAAUUCCCUACUUAAAACUCCAGAAUAACGAAAAUCAAGUUUGGCCCCUGAUAUUAAUAGGCGAAAAAAUAGAAUGUAAUCUGUUAGUAGCUAUAAUGAUUCUCACUCAGAAAUAGAUUUUAAUAAUGGCAGCAUAAUGUUAAGAAUUUAGCCUAGUAUGUUAAGUAGGUUAAGUAAAAUUUCUUUCAAUUCUAACUCAAGGGUUAAUAACAGUAAAUAAAACCUAUGUUUAACCCCUGAAUAAAAAAGGUGUGAAAAAAAAUUAUCAAUUACUCCUAAUUCAUAUAUAUUAUAAAUUACAGGAUAGUAACAAAAAACAAUUGCCAGAAAUUCAAACUCUUAAUAAAAAUUAUCUUAUAAAAAAGAGGAAGAAACUAUAAAAGAAUUUUCUAAAAUGAAUGAAGCAGAUGAAGGAAUUGAACGUUAAUAUAUGCUUUUAAAAUAAGCAGCAGUGAAUGCACGCUUCAAAAAAUCAAUUAGUUGA